UCUUAUAAAGAGGAAUCCUGUAUAUCCAAUUUCUUAUAAGCUGAAAAUCACUAUAUAAAAUUAAUGUGGUUGAAAAGUUUUUCCCUUAUAAAGCGUUAUCCCUUAUAAUGUAGUCCCUUACAGCAACGUUCUACUGUACUUAUUUGUUGUUGCUCUUUUUCCUCCGUCUAAAUUGUUUACUCUCUUCGAACUGACCAUGGAGCAUAAUAUCAUCAGAUCUGUGCUAUACUAUACAGUGUGCGUUCUCUUGGUUGGCUAUAUAGUCCACAAUGCUCGAUUAUGGUUUGAGAAAAUGAGUUGGCUAUUCGUCGGUCCGCAGUUACUGGCCAAGAAAUACGUGAGCAUCAAACUGGUUGAAAUGAUCAUCAGAGCUAAGUCUGUGGAUACUAGAUCUCUGGAGUGCCAUUCACCAUACAAACACCUGAGCGUCAAUAUGUUUUGGUGUCCUCAGAGGCUCAUAUGAAAGAGCUCAGUCAAGCGAAGGAAGAGAGACUGUCACUAGUGGCAACUGCUAUAGAGGUCUAGUUCAUCGAUUGGCGGCUGAGGAUUUCCAAGACGGCUGACAAAGUUUAUCAAGGUUUUUCAACCAUCUCAUACGAUGAAUGGAGUUGAGCUCAACCGUCUUGGGCUGCAGCAUCGUAUUCUGCGAGCACUGUCUUUGAGCUUAUCAACAUAUCAAGAGCCACUCGUGUGUUUAGCUCAAGCAGCAUUAGCUAAAGAAAUCAAAGGCGGUAACGGAAUGGAAGGUACGCAGAUUCUUGCUACGGGUUAUUAGACACAGUGUAAUAAGUUCUCUGGUGCAGGUUGGACCACAACAAGUAUCUUCAAUCUCUCGCAGAGUGUCGUUGCCAAGGCCAACACAUACACCUUCUAUGGGGAAAAUUUCAGUAAGGUUUCUAAUCUUUGUUAGUAGGCCCAGCUGACAUUAGUAGCCCAAGACGAAGUAUUCCUGGACGCGGCAACGCAAUAUCCGAUGGACGUCUUUGUUGCGGCAGAAGCAAUCCGAUGCGUACCAUCGUUCAUGGCACCGUGAGUACAUGCCCCUGUGUCCUGACGGAGAUGACUCAUUGACUUCGUGACAUUCUAAGCAUGGUAGCGUCCCUUGUGACUCGGCGCCAUAAGGCUUCUACUGUCCUGAUGAAUAAGCUUGUGCCCUACAUCAAUGAGAGAACCAAGGAUCCACAGUCUAGGAAAUUUACUACACAAGUACGCUAAGUCAGAUUCUAGUGUGCUGCUGGCUACUAACUCUAUUCAGCGUGAUUACAUUCAACAUAUAAUUGAGCUAUUCCCAGAGGAUACACCCGACAGAGCUGAAAAGAUGGUUAAACAGACUUUGGCUCUCUGGUUUGCCUCCGUUCAUCAACCCGCGAUGGCAUGAUUUCCCGCCAAAUGCUUGUACUUGAUUAGUACUAACACAUCUAUAGACUCUAUUCUAUGCUCUUGUCGAUCUGUGUACACAUACAGAAUACCAAGAGCCCCUUGUAAAGGAGAUUGAAGAGAAUAUUGCCAGAUAUGGCACACUUAACCUUAGCAAACUGACGCUCAUGGACAGCUUUUUGCAAGAGUCUGCAAGAGUCAAUGCUUCUGAAUCUAGUAUGGAUAUUCUUUCAAGCGUAAAAGCUUCAUAAUUAACGCUGUCAACAGUAUCUUUACGUCGGAAAGCUAUGGGCUCAUAUGUUUUCAAAGAUGGCUAUCACGUCAAGGAUGGUGAUUGGAUAUGCGUUCCCCAGCGCGCCAUUAUGCGCGAUCCCACUAUCUACUCGCAACCUGAAGUAUUUGACGCUUUCAGAUUCGUCAAUCGUUCAGAGACUCGACAUUCGUCGUCUAAUACUUCUCGAUUCACGGACAUUCGUACCUUCUUCCCCUUCUGGGGUCUCGGUAAACAAGCAUGGUGAGGAUUCUUGCAUGUUGAAACGAGUGCGAGCAUAGAUACUGACUGGAAUACAGCCCAGGUCGAUUUUACGCCGAUUUUAUCAUUAAGAUUGUGCUUGCGGAUAUUCUACAAAAUUACAACAUCAGAAUCCGUGAAGUCUCAAAGCGGCGCACAUUCACGUGGCGCUCAAGUAUUAUGCCACUACCUACCGCGCAGUUUGAUAUUCGCCUAAAGAGACGAUGCACUUAGACUUCCUAUUUAAUCUAGUAUUUUCUUUUAUUUACUCACAUAAGUGUAUUACCCAAAAUGACAUUUUGUACUCUAAGCUGUAGACAGAGGCAAGAGCAGUGCGGUUGAGUCGGUGGUCAAGGUGAAAGUUUGCAGCAGAUAGUAAGCUACCUACACAGGCUAGCUAGGUAUAUAUAUUCUACUGUAUUAGGACUAAACUGCCUUGAAUGCUAGAGAUAGCUAAAAUAU